AUGGACAUUGUGCCUCUUUUCCCGCCAGAGUUCGAAUGGCCGGAAAAUGUGAUAACCAAAAUUUUUCUCCAUCUGCCACUAGAAUUGCUAAUCCGACUGAUUCUGCAAUUUCCCGAGUACAGAGCUCUGUUCUCCGCUCAUCAAAUACAUGUCGACGCGCUAAAAUGGAGAAUUUAUAACUACUGCUAUAUAAGAUUAAAAAGAGGAGAAGAGACCGUUAUGCUUCACAUCAAAGGGGAUCUACGCAAAAGAAGAAGAACUCCACGAAUCAUUACGAUGACAUCCAUUGAAUUUGAAAAGUAUGGGUUUUAUCGGGAUACAACUCAAUUGGAUAUGUGCGUAGAUGAGGACAACUUGGAUUCAUCCAACAUGGAGCUUUUAAAACAUUUGAGUGAAAUGUUGCUUCCUUCACUCAACGUGGCCAACUUCGAUCUGAGAUUCUACCCAAUUGAUGCUAGAGUUAGUUUUGUACACUGCUUCAUUUUCAAAAUGAUUCGAAGAUUUCGGAUUCUCGAGUUUUUUCAACUCCGUCCUAAAGAGUGUGAAACCAACGCUGACCACAACCUCAGAGCAAGAAGACUUAUUUUGCAGUAUAAAUAUAUGCAAAAUGAAAUUGAAGUCGACCAUCUCAAAGUCCAUUUCACGGAGAUGCCUCUUUUUACUGAGAUUCCACUUCGAAAGGGUUUGGAUUCGCGAUUCAUGAGCCGUUUGUAUCCUUUGAGAACAAGAAACAUGACAAUCUGGGAUACGGAAUUCAUAAAUCUUCGCUCGCUUUUGCAAAUGGAAUGUGAAAAUCUUACAGUUAGUCGAGAAGAAAUGAGGGGAUCAGAUAUUGGUGCAUUGAUGAAAGCAUGGAUGAAUGGAGGACUUAGAAAAUUGAAAACAUUCUAUUGUUACAGUAGAGAAUUUCAAAUUGAUCCAGAAGGAUUCCAAGGAAUACCAGCCAAACCAACUUCCACACCUCCUCCGCCGAUGUUUCCACACCCUGAAUAUUGGACCCGGUACGCACUAGAAAUUAUUCGUAUUGAGGAUGGUAGAAGUGCAAAUGUCCUUUGGUAUGAGGAUGAGUUCUGGUUUUACAUCAUUGAAGGAAACUAA